AGUAGUAAAUAAUUAAAUAUUAUUCUAAAAAAAUAUAAGAAUGGAUGAUCCAUUGAAAACUCGGCAACAACCGUCUUCAGAAAAUGCAAAUGAGGAAGUUAUGUCCUCGAGUACAGAGCUGGAGAAUAAUGUGCCACCCUCAAGUAAUGGUGUCGCUGCUUCUGAUGCUUCAAAGGAUCCUCAAAAACCAUCACCGAAGAAACCCAAAAAACGGAAGCCUAAAGUCCCGCGGGACGUAACUGCACCACGCCAGCCACUGACAGGAUAUGUAAGAUAUUUGAAUGAGCGUCGCGACCAACUACGCGCCGAGCACCCCGAGCUUGGGUUUGCGGAGUUAACACGCCAGCUCGCCAGCGAAUGGAGCAAGUUGCCAGCGGAGGAAAAACAACAGUAUUUGGAUGCGGCUGAUCAGGACAAAGAAAAGUACAAUAAGGAGUGGGAUGAAUACAAGAAAACUGAUGCUUACAAGGAAUUUCGAAGACAACAAAUGGAGCAAAAGCAUUCUGGUGGAGCGACUAAGAAGAUGAAGCACAAUCACAACCAAGCCAGUGAGAGUGCUAGUAAUACUGCCGCUCAAACUAGCACAGAACCAAACACUGUAACAGCAAAUGGGCCCAGUGCACCUGCAGUGCCACGGCAACAAACACCUCCUAGGCCGAGACCAUGCAUCACUCCAGCGUCCGGUGAAGACUUUGGUGGUGGGGACACAGAUAUUCCCAUAUUCACUGACCAGUUCCUGCAGCACAACAAACUGAGGGAGUCGGAGCUCAGGCAGCUAAGGAAGGCUAACUCUGAUUAUGAGCAGCAGAAUGCCAUCCUACAACGCCACGCGGAGGAGGUGAGCGCAGCAACAGCGCGGCUGCGCGCAGAGACGGCCGCGGCCGCCGAGCGCACCGCCGCGCUGCUCACGCACCGGCGCGCGCUUGUCGCUGCCCUGGUACACGCGCUGCAAGCCGUCGCCAUACCAGGUGGCCCAACAGGUGCAACCGAAAGUAACAUUGAGGAGUACAUGGACAAGCUACACACCCUGGCCAGGGAGACCAAAAACCAUGCGACCAUAAAGCAAGCCAGAGACAUUCUUAAUAAAGUGGAACUACCCAUAAAUUAGUACCUAUACCUACAUUAUCAGUAUUUUAUUAAAACGAAAUUAAUUGC